AUGGAGGCGGGAACCAAAGCCGAGAGCGUGGUGGCGGCGGCGGGCAGCAAUGGGAAGGCUGAGGUGACGGGCCAGGAGUCGGGUGACGGUGACGGGCCAGAGGCGGUGCACCUGAGGAGGACCAUCGGCCUCCUGCCGGCCGUCUCCUUCAUCUUCGGCACCGUGGUGGGCAGCGGGAUCUUCAUCGCCCCCAAAGGGGUGCUCAUGAACAGCGGCAACAGCGUGGGCCUGUCCCUACUGGUCUGGCUGCUCUGCGGAAUUCUCUCCAUGUGUGGUGCCCUUUGCUAUGCUGAGCUGGGUACAACCUUUAAGAAGUCGGGAGGACACUACACCUACCUGCUGGAGACCUUGGGGCCUCUGCCCGCCUUCCUCAGACUGUGGUCCGAGUUCAUGUUUGUCAGGCCAGCUGUGGCAUCUUACGUUUCCCUGGCAUUUGGUCGCUAUGUGCUGGAGCCCUUCUUCUCCCCGUGUUCAGCACCCGCAUCACUGGUUGCCAUGGUUAGCAUCAUUGGAGUCACCUCUGUGGUGGCAGUGAACUGCUGGAGUGUGACCCUGGCCUCUCGGACGCAAGUGACGCUGACCGUUAUCAAGAUGCUGGCCCUGAUCCUCAUCAUCAUCCCCGGCAUCAUAGCACUGGGACGAGGACAGACAGAGAAUUUUCAGAAUGCCUUCGAUACUGAAUCACUUGUUCUAACAAAACUGCCCCUGGCAUUUUACUCCGGCCUCUAUGCUUAUGGUGGAUGGUUCUACUUAAACUUUGUCACAGAAGAGGUCAUAAACCCAAACAGAAACAUUCCACUGGCAAUCAUAAUCUCCAUGGUGACAGUGACAAUAUGUUACGUGCUGGUGAACGUUGCUUACUACACCAUGAUGUCUGCGGACGAGCUUCUCAUGUCUGAGGCAGUGGCUGUGACUUUUGCCAACCGUGCCAUCAGAGGUCUAUCCUCUCUGAUACCUGUCCUGGUCUCUGCCUCCUGCCUUGGAGCGCUCAAUGGUGGAUUCUUUGCAGUGCCAAGGAUGCUCUUUGUGGGGGCCAGGGAAGGCCACUGGCCAGUUCUCUUCUCCAUGAUCCACAUCCGCAGGGAGACACCAUUACCAGCUGUGCUGCUCUUGUAUCCUCUGGUGGUCCUCAUGGUAGGACGGGGGGACAUCUACCAGCUCAUCAAUUUUGCCUCUUUCUCUCGCUGGGUCUUCAUUGCCAUGGCAACCUUGGGGAUGCUCAUCCAUAGGUACCGCUUCCCACAGCACCCAAGGCCUUUCAAGGUGCCCUUGGCGGUGGCUAUCGUCUUCACAGUGGUGUGCUUCUUCAUCGUGGGCCUGUCUCUCUACUCCGACCCCUGGAACACUGGGGGAAGCUGCAUCCUCACCCUGUCUGGAGUGCCCAUCUAUUACCUGACUGUCAAACACCAGUAUGUCCCACGUCGCUUCAGACGGGCUUUCGAUUAUGUCUGCAGGCAGCUUCAGAUCCUGUUAGAGGUGGCAAAGCAGGAAGUGCGUACCUUUUGAGGAUCGUUGGCUUCAGACAACCCGAAUGGCUCAGCACUGAUUUAUGCUGUACACAUGAGGCCUAUCCAAGCUCCUGGCUCCUGCAAGGACCUGGAUGAAUGACAUUCUUCCCAUAAGGGCUGGACUGGGAUCAAAGGGCUGGACUGGGAUUUUCUUUUAAAAAAUGGGCUCCGCCCUCACACAUUGUACAAGUACAAGCUGUUUUGGUACUAUUUCCUGCUUGAGUCUACUGUCUAUAACGAAGAUGGAUCAAUGUAGCCUGGCAAUUCCAUCCUACUAAAUGUACUUCCACCCAAAGAUUUUGGCUCCGCACAUAGUCUGGCGAAACCCUCCCGGCACGGUUCGCUCACUGUUCUGCCAAUCAGCAAACAGUUGACAGUGGUGACGCAGAACUCACCCGCUUAGUCCGUUAUUGAUUGGUUAAGGUAACACUAUUCACACUUUUGUCUUGUUAUUUUUAUGCUUUUGCAACACUAUAUCGUAAUAGUCAUGCUAAUAAAGCACAAUUUGAAUUUGAAUUUGAAUUCGGAACUCAGGUGAAUUUAAAUGGCAGAGUAAACUCAGACCAUCUCCCACCCUCUAUGGAGAUGGAUUCCUCUUAGCUUUCGCCAGAGUGUUUGACGGAGUCGACCAGGCUAGGAUCAAUUGGCCAGCCCCUCUAAACUUUGGGCUAGUCCCUAAGAAUAAAACAAACAAACAAAAAAACAACAGCAUCGACCUCUGGGGACUGUCAGCCCACUGGGAAAUGCCCUGUGUGCUAGACUACCUGUCCAGCCCUCCUUCACGGACAAAUCUACAGUGGAUCACAGCACCUGACAACUCACUGUAUCUGUGUCAAUCUUUGUGCUUGCUAAUGGUCAAAUAUGAAACUGUAAAUAUGGUUAACUGAACACUUGCUGAGCUUUUGAACAUUAUCUCCUUCUUUGAUUAUGAUACACAUUUUUCUCUUUUUAA